GUCGUGUUCGCCUCCGUGCUGCGCGAGUGCGGACUGCUGGCCGCCUCGCUCCGGAGGGCGGUCGCCAGGCCACUGCGGCGCGCCCUGCACGAGCUCUGGCUGCACGCGGCCGCGCCGCUGGAGGAGCCACCCGCCGAGGCAGCUGCAGCCCCGCCGCCCCGCCAGGAGGCCGCCGAGGAUCUGGCGCUCAUCUCGACGCCGCCUCGCCCCAGGCGCCCGCGCGAGGGCGCCGUGGCCGCGGGGGUGCAUCCAGGCGCGCCGGCCGCGCUGCCCUCCCGCGGCCCGCGGGCGCCAGCUGCACCCUCGGCGCCGUCGGAGAUGUGGCUGCGGAGGAGCGCCUCAAGGUUUCGGCCCGUGCGAGGAGACGCCGCUCAGUGACGCCUCCACGUCCACGGCCCUGCCCGGCUCCGCCUGCUCGCGGGGCGGCGCUGGCGGGACCGCGGGCGCCGCCGAAGGCGCCCUCGGCGCCCGCCCGGAGCUGCCGCCGUGGCCGCUGCCUGGCGGGCCGCGGGCCGAGCCGGAACCGCAGGAGGCGGAGGCGCGGAGGGCGCUCGAACAGCUGCGGGCGGAGGCCGCGAGCGUGGAGGACCGACGCCUCGCCGAGGGCGCGCGCGCAGAGGCGGCGGCGGCAGCGCGGGGGCGCCAGCUGUCGGAAGAGCUGCGCGGCGAGCUGCAGGAGGCGUUGCUGGCCGCCUCGAGGGCUGCCCACGCGGAGGCCGAGGGGCGCCUCGCGCAGGAGGCCUGCUGGCGCCAGCGCGCCGAGCGCCGCGUGUCGGAGAUGGCCGCGCGGGGCGCGGCCCUGGAGCGCGAGCGGGAGAGCAGCUGCUGCAGCAGCACGCCGAGUGCCGCCAGACGCGCUCGGCGCAGGAAAUCCGAGGCGCGCCUGGAAUGCGUUCGCGGCGAGCUCGUGGCUGCGGAGGAGGCGGGCGAGGCGCUCAGUCGCCGCACGGUGGAGCUCGAGGCCAUCAGCACGGAGCUGGCCGAGGCCUUGAGGCGCGAGCGCAACGCCCGCGCCCGCGAGUCGGAUGAGAGGCGCGGGCAGCUGGUGCCGCUGAGGCAGCAACUGGCGAGGUUGCAGGCCAGCUCUAGGCGGGCAAGGAGCUCCAGCGAGCUCGCGGACCGCCGCGCCGAGGAGGCCGCCAGCCGCGAGGACGCCCUGGCCCGGCGGAGAGAAGGCGAGCGCUGGAGGGCCUUGUGCGACGGCCUCCGCGCGGAGGCCGCCUCCCUGGAGGAGCGCAUGCGCCGCCGAGGGGCCCUCCGAGGGAAUGAGGAGACGCUCGCCCCUGAGGAGGUGCGGUCGGAAGCGGUGACAGAGCGAGCCGUGGCGCGUGACCGGCUGGCGUCGGAGGUGCGCUCGCUGGAGCGCCUGCGCGCGGCGGUGGAGCAGAAUCCCCUUGCCGCCGCCGACCGGCCCAGCUCCAAAGGAGCAGGACUCCUGGGCCGGUUGCGCCGACGCCUCCGCCGGCGCACGCCGCCGCCGUGCACCUGGACUCCGCCGAGCUCGACGCAUGCGCGGAGCAGGUCGAGCGCCUCCGCGCAGAGGCCCGCCGGGAACGCGCGGAGCGCGAGGCCGUGGACCGCCGCCGCCAGGACCUCCUCGGCUCUUACGAGCUGCUCCUGUGGCGGGCCCCGCGGCCAGCGCCCCCCCAAGGCGCGCCUGGCGCGGCGGCGCGACGGCCACGGCCGCCACAGUCACGUCUCGAAG